AUGUCUGACCCAAGUUCUAUCAAUGGUGGUUCAGCCGUUGCUAUGGUAGGUAAGAACUGUGUAGGGAUUGCUUGUGACCUACGUCUAGGAUCUCAAUCACUUGGUAUCUCAAAUCAAUUCGAGAAGAUAUUUCAAAUAAGUGACAAGACAUUUUUGGGUUUAACAGGUUUAGCUACUGAUGUGACUACACUUUCGGAAACAUUCAGAUACAAAUCAAAUCUAUAUAAACUACGUGAAGAAAGACAGAUUGAACCAAAGACAUUAGCAAAUUUGGUAAGCUCUACGUUAUAUGAAAAACGUUUUGGACCCUAUUUUGUGGGUCCAAUAGUAGCGGGUUUGGACUCUAAAACUAGCCAACCUUUCAUAUGUGGUUUUGACUCAAUUGGCUGCAUUGAUUUUGCUAAAGAUUUCAUUGUCAGCGGAACAGCCACAGAUCAGUUAUAUGGAAUGUGCGAAUCUCUUUAUGAACCAAACUUGGAGCCUGAAGAUUUAUUCGAAACCAUCAGCCAAUCCUUGUUGAACGCCGUUGACAGAGACCCAUUGUCCGGAUGGGGUGCUGUUGUCUAUAUCAUUACUGGGGAUAAGAUUUUGAGGAGAGUUUUGAGAACUCGUCAAGACUAG